CUGAAGCUUUCAACUCCGUCUUCCCAGAAACCACCACUACCGCCAUUUUGUGGAUCCAACUUCCUCCGGUUGCACUAGGUCAAGAAUCAUGACGGAGAAACUCAAAACUUACCGUCUGUCCGAAGUAAAACAGCACAAAGAUUCAAAGUCGUCGUGGCUUAUUAUUCACAAUCAAGUGUAUGAUGUGACCAAAUUUUUGGAAGAGCACCCUGGAGGAGAGGAGGUUUUGUUGGAGCAAGCAGGUGAUGAUGCCACCGAAUCAUUUGAAGAUGUAGGACAUUCUACAGAUGCCCGAGAGUUGAUGAAGGAUUAUUUGAUUGGGAACCUGCAUGAGGAUGAUAAGAGUGACAGAAAUAUUAAGACUAACACAGGCCCACAAGUUGGAGUUCGGAAUGAAAGCAGCAGCUGGACCGGAUGGUUGCUUCCUCUUGGUAUCGCCAUUGCCGCAGCUCUUGUGUAUAGGUUCGUCAUUGCUCCAACCAACUAGACAGCUCACCUUCACAUAAUACACCACUAGUGCUAAGGACUCUGUGUUAACCCUUUUACACGUGGCACUCUACCAAGAGGCCAACACAAAUUGUAAGAACAAGUUUCUUCUUUCUGAUUUAUUCAUUCCAGUUGUUCAGUUACUGACAGUAUCCUUGGGUGUUCGUGUGAAGGGUUUUCUAGCUUUACCACAGAUUCAUUGCCUUGUUUAGAAGGCCAUACUAAGCAUUAACUGGGAUCAAGUUUGUAGUACAAGUUGGUGAUUCAAGUGCUUCAGAAUAGUAAUACUGUGUUCAGUAUCAUAUUUUCUGAGGGUAUUUUUCAGACAUGACUGAUAUAAUAUGAUGUUGUUGAUUGUUAUUGUGUAAGGAAAUAUAAGAUUAAAUCCUAAUCCAAGCUUUGUGAAAGUUAUUUUUUCGAAUCUGUACACAUAAGUAAGGAAGUGUUUCCGUCUGAAUGUCAGUGUUUCACAUGGUUGAUUUGGCUUUGUUUGUUUACAGAUGAUUGGUAAUCUUUGUAUAUGACCGAUGUGUAAAGGUUGAAUGUCUGACAAGCAAUUUUUUUGGCUGGUGCUGUGUGAACUUCAUGAUAGAGUUGUGAUCAGGAUAUAUUUCACAAUUAUUCAGAGCUUUCUAGAAUUGGAAUAAUUAUUUUCUAUGUUUCUCUUUCCUUUAAGUAACUUUCUCAAGUAGUGUCAUUCUUUGACUGAAGUAGAUGUGAUUAUCUUUAGAGAAUUGGAAUGGUACUGAUGCCUGCAGGAUGUAGCUUUUCUUUCCUCCUGUAUCACUGAUGCUGUCUCCAGCAGCAGAAUAUAGAAAUAUCCUGAAAUAUGCCUGUGUAGAACGGAAACAUUAUGUGGAUAAAUCAUACCAAUUUUA